AUGAAAAAAAUUACAUUAUUAUCACCUUUACUAAAAACACCAAAAGAAAUAGACAACUAUGUUUCUCAAAAUUUUGGUAGUAAUGAUACAGCCUCACCUGAAUACAUAAAGGCUUCGUGGUUUGCUAUAGCAAACUUAUAUUUUACCGCUCAUGACUAUAAUAAAGCGGAAAAAUUCUUACUUCAACUAUUAUAUUAUCAGCCAAAUGAUAUAAAAGCAAACGAACUAUUGGCUAUUGUAUAUAGAAAACAUGAUAAUUUAGAAUCUGCUUUAGAAUAUUACGAAAGGACUCAUCAGAUAACAAAAAAGUAUGAUCCUCGAGCAAUUCAAUUAUUACGUGAUACUUACACUAUUAUAAUUCGCUAUGCAGAACUUCAAAAUGAUAAACGUAGCUGCUUGAAGAUACGCGAUAAGAGUCAAAAAGGUGCUCUUUAA